UGAAUGGUCUCAAUCCUAUUUUGUAUCUCGCAUGAAGUGGUACUCGAUCUAUGUUCAUCUGGGAUAGGGGACGCUCAAUGCCUUGAUCCCCGAUUGUCAUGUCUGGCCAAUCUUGAAGGAUCUCCCUGUGAGGAUCUCCUGUACUCGACUUUCAUUCCUGUGACUUUCUGUUGAAAUGUUAUUAAAUUUUUCAAUCAUCCUGCUUCAUGACUGGUUGUGAUCCUGUAAAGUUGAAGCUGUGCCUUGUGGUCCUUCUCAACACGGUUCCUCCUUAACGUCUCUUCUUUUAUAAUUUCAUUUGAUUCAUCGGCAGCAGGUGCAUAUCAUAUUUUUCAAGAUUUUAAUCUACGAAAAUAUUCAAAUACUUACAUACAAGAUUUUUAACCUGUAGCUACUGCAACUCGAAAAGAAAAUGGGAAUUUUUGAACUAUCGCAAGAAGGAGAGGGAUGGGGCCCAGCUGGCGGCGUCUCUGCAGACCUCCCGCUCCCGAAAUACCCGAUCGAGAACAUCAACAGGUGAGACGAGAGGGCCUACUGUCUCACAUCAUUUUCGAUCUGAUGCUCUACCCUGAUGUACGGAAGGAAGCUCUAAUGAUUCAGAUCUAUCAACAUCAAGCCUCCCGUAUAUCAGAUACAACAUAUACUGCAAAUACUACAACUAGGUACCCACCUGCCCGUGUCGGAAAGGCUUGCGAUUUCACGCAGGCGACUCAAGACAGAAUUCGGCAGAUGCAGAAUGUGAAUAACCCCAAUAAGAAGCAGUUCCUGUGGGCUCAACAACAGCAACCUCUGGUCGUCGAAGAUGGGUACAACUUGGUCGAUACCAAAGCCAGCGCAAGAAAGAAGCAGAACAGCUAUCAAACAAGAUCGAAGCCGAAUCAUCAACAAAGUAUUUCGACUUCCGUGUUGACUUAUAAUUAGUACUUGUUGAUGAAAAUAUAGCUAUAACGACAAGAUGAAAGAUAAAGCGAUCCCAACCAGAUCAUAGGAAAACUCUACCCCACGAAUUGGUACACUACUACUACUCACCUGCAGUUCAAUUACUGUAGACCCAAUUAAAACUACCCGAUUCUCGCUUUAUUUGUGAUCCCUUCAGACGCGCAGAAGGCAGUAAAGCAGAUGAAUUAUCAAGAGGGUAUCCUCGGAAAGGCGACGAAGAUGAAACAACAAGUGCCAACGAAGACUCAGAAGGGAAAGGGCAAGGGAAAAGGCAACAUGCGGAAAAAUCAGACACCAACUUUCAAGGGUACUUAUGAAUGUUUAGACUGUUGUUGACAUUGACUUACAACUUCAACUAAUAUGAUUCCGUCUGCCACCAUUUCUUUUAUUGUCAUUCGCAAGAUUCGAAACCAAAGUCCAUCAUGGGAAGCCUUCAUUUAAACUAACAAAUAAUUAUAUAACCUUCAACUUCUCUCUCACACCCCCCACUGCUCCUUCUCCCCACGCCACGCACAGAUUGGUCCGUCCCAGUGAGAAACGACUGGGAAAUUUUGCAAGAAUUGCCGUUGACGGGAUUUGUGAAGAUGAAUAUCGAUGCACGGUUGGUGAAGGUAGAGGAUGUGGCAUGGUGUGGAAAAUUGUUCCCUAUGACGAAAGUGUACGACCGAACCACCUUUCGCACGUCAAAGCCUCUCCCAGUCGCAAACGACGUCAACUUCUUCAACGUAUAAACUACAAUUGUGAGUUGUUAGAGUUUGCGUUUGCUGACUAGGAUCGAUUGGUCCCAACUAUUUUUAGUAGUAGUAAAUGCUUUUUACAUUUACUUGCAUUCUUUUCCAUUUUUCCAUGCGAAGAACUGGAAUGGUUUUUUUGAAACUUCUACGUAAGUACAACAAUUCUCCAUUUUUCCAUGCGAAGAACUGGAAUGGUUUCAUCUUGAGACUUCUACGUAAGUACAACAACGGAAAGUACAUUUUUUCAGCCCACAACCGCGGAAGAUGAGACUAUCGAGGCUAUUAUGGCGGAUGACGAUUCCGUUGAUGUCGCAGGAACGGACCACAUCUUGGCCUGCCUGAUGGCCGCGGGUCGAUCAGUGUAUUCGUGGGAUAUUCUAGUGGUGAAGAGCGGCAGCAAGAUCAUGUUUAACAAGCGUGAGGGCGCUCCAUGCGACUUCCUGACAGUGAACGAAACGGCACAAGAGCCGCCAAGCUAUUCACCAGAGGAGCGUGACUCUAUCAACGCAGCACCAAAGCUCAGCAGGGAAGCAGCACGUAAGAACAUUUUUGCAACGCAAGACUUUGUUGAAGAAGAAGCAACUACUGAAGACUUUGUAGUUGACAUGAUUAAUUUGAAAGUUAUUUUACGUGGGGUUUUUAUUCAUAGAAGAUAUUCUUAGAUUCAAAACUCCUUGCUCGUCACAAAUCUCUCAUAUACUUACCACUGACUCGCGUUACCCCCAAUGAAUUAGGUGUGAACCAGAAUUUUGCUGAGGCGAUGGUGGACCGAAAUCAGACGCCAGAAAAGCACAAUCCCCAUCCUUUCGCGGAUGACGACGACGAGGAGGUUUCUGCGGCCUGCUACCGAUACAGAAAGAUCACUCUUCCCGGUGACAAGAAGAAUGCAGAUGCACAGCGUUCGGCCGAUGUCUCGAUGAUCGUGCGAACCGAAGUCAGCGGUAAGACUCCAACGCAGUACGUCAGCGCCAAGUGCCUGAACAACUUCGAAACCAAGAGCGCAACCAUGACCUGGAAGCAGCAUUUGGAAAACAUGCCAGGUGCGGUAUUGGCAAACGAACUGAAAAACAAUAGUUUCAAACUGGGACGAUGGGUGGCACAGGUACUCAUUGCUUAUACUAAUUUUCCGCCUACAACUGCUAUUCUCGAGAUUUGAAGAUCAAGUAAGCGAUACAGCAGGACUGCAACUCGCAAUCACGACCGAUGAAGUUGCGCUUUACAAGUCCUUUUCCCCUUACCCUUUGGACAUCACAACUCUUUCUCUUUCUCUCGAUCUUCCCCACACACCAUGUCCCACACACUCACACACCUAACGACCAUCACCUCACCAGGCUAUCCUCGCUGGUUGCGAGCAGAUUCGUUUGGGUUAUGCGGUCCGACAGCGCGUGACGGAUCCGAUGCUGCACGAGAUCGUGAAAGUGCAGGCUCAGCCGACCGCGCAGCUCGCCGCCCAGAUUUCUCUCUCCGCCAACAACGCCUAUGGUAUCCUGCGUAACUUAAUCGACCUGUUGCGAGACCAGGAAGAUGGGCAGUUCAUCCUCCUGAAGGAUCCGAACAAGCCGAUCUUGCGUCUCUACUCCACGCCGGAUGGCGCCUUCGACGAAGACGACGAGGAAGAAGAUGGCGAAGAGGAGGAAGAGGAUGAUGAGGAAUAAGAUUCUCCUCAAUCUGAUUGAGGAGGACUAGGAGAUCAGAAGGACAAGGCUAGGUCACCUGCUGCUUCACAAGGAAGUGGCAAAUUCCAUUGGAGAAAGAAGAACAAGAUGAAGAAGGAAGUGAGGAAUAAUAGGCAGGAGCAGACAACCUCUCUUAGAAGUAUUUCAUGAAGAAUCAAAGGAGCAGGUGCAGUAAGAAGAGCAUCAUCUUCGCACUGUUGCCGCUUGGCAAGGAACAAUUUUAGAUGGGGCACCGUGUGAAUCGUGGAGUCUACGCGGAUGCUGCGAUCCUCUCAGCGGGGCAAAGACGAACUACAAGUACUUAUGUGCAUGGUUUAAGACUGACUCUCGUCAUAGCAGCACCAGCCAUCAUGUUUUGUUACUAGGGACAACGAUGCUGAACACGCUUAUUUCGUCUUGUUGUUGUUUCUUCGAUUAGCUUGGUAGCUACGUAGUUGUCUUCCAGUUGUCCUCCUGCUCGAAAUAGUCAAAUUGUAUCACCCAUCAUGUCAUCAAAUGUUUCAUAAGCACCAGAUUAAUACUUCGAACGACAUAAGUACUUUUAGCGUACAAAAAGACCUUGAACUAGAUGUUUUCAGACUUGUCAACAUGGGCCCGAAUAUACGGGCAUAUGCAUACAGUUACAGGUAAGAUGUCCGAUUUUCAUGGGUCAUCUUAGCUACAUUCAAGAAAUCGUAUCGAUGUCAUUUUCAUAAAUCCUUGUCCUAAUACAAACGUCCCUAGAUAAUUUGAAACUGAAUACUGCGCACACGAUCUUCAAACCUCUAAAUGUUACAACAAGAUGAAUCUCACCGUUCAGAUUCAAGAUGAUGUCACAUGUCUGUUAACGUGUGAUGACACUGGCACAUAAAUGAAUUGCUGCAGAACUACAACAUCCCAAGACAGGUGCACACCACAAUGAUCAAUGUGGCAAACCAAUAAGCACACACUGACUUCAACCGCCUAACGCCUUGAC